GGACUGGUUGGCUCUUAUCUUACAGGUGACUCCUUUCAUUCCGUCUUUUUUAAAUAAAUACUUUCACACCCGGAGAUCUUCACCUUUCUCUAAGUUUCUUCUACCUCGAUUCUUCAGCCUGGACUUUUCCUAGCAUCUACCUCUUAGGCUUUUUUCCUUCUCCUUCAACUCAGCAACAUGAGUGUGGGCCCAGCUUGUCCCCAAAGCCUGCUUGGCCCCGAAGCAUCCAACUCUAGGGAAUCUUCACCCAUGCCUGAAGAAAGUUACGCGUCCUUGCAAACGUCAUCUGCUGACACCCUCGACACGGACACUGUCUCUCCUCUUCCCUCCUCCAUGGAUCUGCUUAUUCAGGACAGUCCUGAUUCUUCCACAAGCCCCAGAGUGAAACCACUGUCCCCGUCUGUGGAGGAGAGCACAGAGAAGGAAGAGACGGUCCCGGUCAAGAAACAAAAGAUUAGAACUGUGUUCUCGCAGACCCAGCUGUGUGUGCUCAAUGACAGAUUUCAGAGGCAGAAAUACCUCAGUCUCCAGCAAAUGCAAGAACUUUCCAACAUCUUGAACCUCAGCUACAAGCAGGUGAAGACCUGGUUCCAGAACCAGAGAAUGAAAUGUAAGAAAUGGCAGAAAAACAACUGGCCGAGAAAUAGCAAUGGCAUGCCUCAGGGCCCAGCAAUGGCAGAAUACCCAGGCUUCUAUUCCUACCACCAGGGGUGUUUGGUGAACUCUCCUGGAAACCUGCCCAUGUUGGGUAACCAGACCUGGAAUAACCCCACGUGGAGCAACCAGAGCUGGAACAGUCAGUCUUGGAGCAACCACUCCUGGAACAGUCAGGCCUGGUGCCCCCAAGCCUGGAAUAACCAGCCUUGGAACAAUCAGUUCAACAACUACAUGGAGGAAUUCCUGCAGCCCGGGAUCCAGCUCCAGCAGAAUUCUCCCGUCUGUGAUCUGGAGGCCACCCUGGGAACUGCUGGGGAAAAUUAUAACGUAAUACAGCAAGCUGUCAAGUAUUUCAAUCCCCAGCAGCAAAUCACUGAUUUAUUCCCAAACUACCCUCUCAACAUACAGCCUGAAGAUUUGUAAAGUCUAUUUGUGACGGCUACUGUAUGGGAUCUUAAUGUGAGCAGAGACUGUGUAUUCUCUAGAUUUUUUUCUCGUUCUAGAAUUCUGUACCACUGCCCCUUAGUAAGCUGCUUUUCACUAUACCUUCUGUGUCAAUUUGAGGGAAGGGUAAUGAGUCCAAUAAGAGGUUUCAGAAGCAUUGUACAACAUGACAAAAGGUGUCUGGCUAUAGAUAACGCGAUUAUAGUAGUUUGGAUAUAAUAUAUAAUAUUUUGGAUACUUUUAGGAUCUGGAAUCUAACUUUAAGCACAGGGGGCAAAAGUACAAAGACAUAUGAUGAGGAUUAUUCAUAUUUUCUGGGAUAGGGAGGCUUUACUUGUUAAGAGUCUCAGUCCUUAAGAUGAAGAGUGCUUUACUGAUUUCCACCACCCCUUUUAGCUAUUUUACUACAAUGCCUAAUUUGUUCAUCACUUUUUGGAGAACGAUAUUUUGUAUUUUGCCACAUCGUAAGUAGUACCAGUUUGGCUGGUUUGUUGUUUAAGUACAAAUAAAAAAUAGCCAUUUUACAUUUA